CUGUGGGGCCCUACCAAAGGAGGAAGUUGGAAACCGGGGUCCCGCGUGAUUGACCCAGGAAGUCCCGCAGGGGUGUGAGGCAAGCACUUCCCAGCUGCUGUGCUCCAGCAGAUAAAGGUGGCCCGCCCGCUGCCAGGUCCUAGCCCGCUCUGCGCGCCCUGCCCGCCAUGUCCCGCCCCUGCGCGCUGCUCGCCUGGGCCCUCCUCGCCCUCCUCGGACUAGGAGCAGCUCGAAAUAAAGAAACCCCAGCCUGCUGCGGCCCCAUCGUGCCCCGGAGUGAAUGGGGGGCCCGGGCGUCGGAGUGCUCCCAGCCCCUGAAACAGCCAGUGCGCUACGUGGUGAUAUCGCACACUGCGGGCAGCAACUGCGACACCCCGGCCUCCUGCCGGCAGCAGGCCCAGAACGUACAGCACUACCACGCCAGCACCAGGGGCUGGUGCGACGUGGCAUACAACUUUCUGAUUGGAGAAGAUGGGCUCGUAUAUGAGGGCCGCGGCUGGAACAUCAAGGGAGACCACACAGGCCCCACCUGGAACCCCAUUUCCAUUGGCAUCACCUUCAUGGGCAACUACAUGGAGCGGGUGCCCCCAGCACGGGCCAUCCGAGCAGCCCAGAGUCUGAUGGCCUGCGGUGUGGCUAUAGGAGCCCUGAGACCUGACUAUGAGAUCAAAGGACACCGGGAUGUGCAGCAGACGCUCUCUCCGGGUGACCAGCUCUAUGCAAUCAUCCAGAACUGGCCACACUACCGCGAGUGAGGCCCUGCUUGUCAGCCCCCUGCCCCAUGCCUCUCUCCCCAAGAGCUGGGAAAACCCCUGCCUCCUCCUCCUCCAAUAAAGAUGCAGCUUGAGAGGCUGAGGCAGGAGGAUCACAAGUUCAA